AAUUCAUUUCGUUAGUGUAUGAAAUGGGUCGGUUGUCGAUUGUUUUAGUGUAUUGAGAUAAUGAAUUCAUUUUGCCGACGAAUGAGUAAAAGUGAAAACGGUUAUUUUGGGAUAAGUCCAGUUCAAAGCACAAAUGCCACAUUGCUGCGGCAAAAGUAAAAAGAGCGGUUGCGAAGAUGAGAAAGAGACGGGUCAAGAGGCGGUGCCUCGGGAAAACUUAGGAAAGCGAGGCAGCGAUACAUACAUAGAUAUGGCGAAAAUGGACGGACCUACACAGACCAUGUGCCUGUUGGAAAAACCACCUGAUAAAAAAGUUAAGAGACACAGCAUACACGGUAUGAUGGAGGAAGAAAACGUGAUAAGGCCCCAUCAGGAAAUGGCUCAGUUAUCUCUAGAUGAGAAGAAGUUCCUUUUAGCAGUAGAACGUGGUGAUGUUGCCUCCACAAGGCGUAUGCUACAGAGAGCUCAAGAGACCGGUUACAUAAACAUCAACUGUGUCGAUCCAUUGGGUAGAAGUGCACUUCUUAUGGCCAUUGAUAACGAAAACUUAGAAAUGGUGGAACUUCUUAUCGAACAUAAAGUUGAAACUAAAGACGCUUUGCUGCAUGCCAUUUCCGAAGAGUUUGUUGAGGCUGUCGAGGUGCUUCUGGACCACGAAGAGACGAUACAUAAACCUGGAGAACUUCAUAGUUGGGAAGCCCUGCCACCGGAUACAGCAACAUUCACUCCUGACAUUACUCCACUCAUCCUUUCCGCUCACAGGGACAACUACGAAAUAAUCAAGAUACUCUUGGAUAGAGGCGCCACAUUGCCAAUGCCACAUGAUGUUAGGCUCAGCUUUAUGGAACACGAAUUUAAGACUGAAUACCAGGAGCUUCGGAAACAAUGUCAAGACUUCGCAACUGCACUUUUAGAUCACACGAGGAGUUCGUAUGAAUUGGAGGUCUUACUGAACCACGACCCGUCGGGACCAGCGUUUGAACAUGGAGAGAGAAUGCACCUUAACAGACUGAAGUUAGCCAUUAAACUGCGACAAAAGAAGUUUGUGGCACAUUCUAACGUUCAACAGUUACUGGCUUCCAUAUGGUACGAAGGCCUUCCAGGUUUUCGUCGAAAGAAUAUGGUGCUACAGGCGCUAGAAAUAGUACGAAUCGGAAUUAUGUUUCCGCUUUUCUCCAUUGCCUAUAUUUUGGCUCCGCAUUCUGUGAUUGGCCAAACUAUGCGAAAGCCUUUUAUCAAAUUUAUAUGUCAUUCCGCAUCUUAUUUUACUUUCCUAUUUUUACUAAUACUUGCCUCGCAAAGAAUAGAGAAUCUGUUCUUCGAAGAAGACGUUGAAGAUGUUCCUACAAAACGCGGUGCGAAACCAUCUCUAGUCGAAUGGAUUAUAUUAGCUUGGGUUGGAGGUUUAAUAUGGAGUGAAAUCAAACAGUUGUGGGACGUAGGAUUGGAAGAAUACAUCAGGGACAUGUGGAACGUUAUUGACUUUAUAACAAAUUCAUUAUACGUGGCCACAGUAGCUUUAAGGAUAGUCUCAUAUUACCAGCUGGAAAAAUUGGAGACUGAAAGAAAACUUUCGUCUGGAUGUAGUGGCAGUGCUGUGAAAUUUCUAUGCGUCUACCCGGACAAUCACGAGCUAGCAACCAUGGUGACUCCUCUUACCCGUGUGUUCGUGUUGUUAUUCGUUUACCUGUCCCGUGGGAUCACUUUCACAGCUGCUCGCUAUUUUUUACUAAUACUUGCCUCGCAAAGAAUAGAGAAUCUGUUCUUCGAAGAAGACGUUGAAGAUGUUCCUACAAAACGCGGUGCGAAACCAUCUCUAGUCGAAUGGAUUAUAUUAGCUUGGGUUGGAGGUUUAAUAUGGAGUGAAAUCAAACAGUUGUGGGACGUAGGAUUGGAAGAAUACAUCAGGGACAUGUGGAACGUUAUUGACUUUAUAACAAAUUCAUUAUACGUGGCCACAGUAGCUUUAAGGAUAGUCUCAUAUUACCAGGUUCAAAGAAAUCCCAAGACGGAAACGAUAAAACGUGAAGACUGGGAUGCUUGGGAUCCUAUGCUGAUAUCAGAGGGAUUAUUUUCAGCUGCCAAUAUCUUUAGUUCUUUGAAAUUGGUUUACAUUUUUUCUGUAAAUCCACAUCUUGGACCAUUGCAAGUAUCACUAUCGAGGAUGGUUAUGGAUAUAAUGAAAUUCUUUUUCCUCUACGUAUUAGUUUUGUUUGCCUUUUCAUGCGGUCUAAACCAAUUGUUGUGGUAUUACGCGGACGCUGAAAGGCUCAAGUGUCCUUCGGAAAGUAAAUCUCAUGUUUGCGUAGACUUUAUACUUGACCCCAAGCUGCCAAAUCCCACCAGACUGACCAACUGUACAGCAUCCGAAGCCACGCAAGAUUCCAAUGCUUGCACCAUCUGGAGGAGAUUUGCCAAUCUGUUCGAGACCAGUCAGACCCUUUUUUGGGCGGUAUUUGGCCUGGUCGAUCUGGAAAGCUUCGAGCUCAGUGGCAUUAAGGUGUUUACCAGGUUCUGGGGAAUGCUUAUGUUUGGCACCUACUCGGUCAUAAACAUUGUCGUUUUACUUAAUCUACUUAUUGCAAUGAUGAAUCACUCCUACCAACUAAUUUCGGAACGAGCUGAUGUUGAAUGGAAAUUUGCAAGGAGCAAAUUGUGGAUUAGUUUUUUUGAAGAGGGUGGCACCUGCCCGCCUCCCUUCAACAUUAUACCAACCCCGAAGAGUAUUUGGUAUUGUUUCCGUUGGCUUCAUCGUAAAUUUUGCGGUCAUUCGAGGGCUGUCAAAAAGGAGCAUAUGAAAACCAUUAGGAAGAAGGUGAAACAAGCCAGUGAAAGAGACUUUCGAUAUCAGAGUAUAAUGAGAAACCUUGUCAGACGUUAUGUAACUGUUGAACAACGAAAAGCAGAAAAUCAGGGUGUAACAGAAGACGACGUUAAUGAAAUAAAACAGGAUAUAUCGGCUUUCCGGUUCGAACUUAUCGAAAUCUUGAAAAACUCUGGAAUGAACACUUCAACGGCCGCAUCAUCGAUGGGAUCAGGUGCUGGUGGUAAAAAGAACAGACAAAAAGAAAGAAGAUUGAUGAAAGGAUUCAAUAUUGGUCCACAACCGUCUCCUUCUACGGGUCCGUUACCCCCUGUCGCCGAAUUUAUCGCGUCCCUACAAAAUCACCACAAUCAUGAAGGACAUAAUCACAAUGACAUAUUUGGAUCAACGUUAUCGGGAAUUUUCAAUCAGACGCCACGAAGAAUGCAACAACAGAGCACAGUUUCGUCCUCACAAGGAAGCAUCAACGAAGGACCAACAUAUCACAUUCACCACCAUAACCAUCACAGAAUUUCAUCCAAACAUGACUGUUCGUCCUCUAGGUUUAACAUGAAGAGAUCUUCAUCCCACAAACGUCGCUGGGGAACCAUAAUCGAAGCUGCCAAAACAGGAAAAGUGUCUCGACUCAUUGGCCGUUCCAGAUCAGAAGACUCCGUAUGCAAUUCUAAUUGCCAAGAAAAUGGGCAUCAUCAUCAUUCACGGAGUCACAGUAAUAGUCCUGCUUCUGAUGACAACGGAUCUAGCGCGUCAGAUUCCAAUCCCAGUUUAGAUAAUGCUGAACGGCCCGUUCAUGGAGAGCACCAGGAGCAUCACAAUCAUCACAGUAUUGUAAGUGGACUGGCGUUGCUCAAGAAAAAACGAAAAAAAUUCAGCGCUUCUAGAAAUACUAGUCCUGUAGUUAUACCGCCUAACGAAGCCGCUAUUGAACAAGCUGUAGCUGUUUGUAUAGGCAAAAAUAAUAAAAAGAUUUCCCAAGUGCUGCAGCGGGCGUCUAGCGUCCCAACUAGAGUUUCCGAAGUGAUACAGUUUACUAAAGCGCAUCACGAACACACGCAGAGUCAGCAGGACUCUGUCGAUAUUCCUGUAUCCUCGGCAGGACAGCCUACACUCACACCAUCUACCACCGAGGAAAGCGUUAAUGCAGCAGCAACACAAACAUUGCCAAGGGCGACAUCUUCCAGGGAACCUCUUUUAUACAAUUCCUCUUCCAGCACACAAGCAACAGGAUCUUCGCAAACUCCAGAAGACGAUUACAAACACAACAAUGGUCCUUUGCCUAAGUUGCCAGGAGUGAUACCAUUAAGUGGUCACACGGGAUGGUUAUAGGAAGGAAGAUAUUACGUAAAGGAAAUUGUUUGAAAAGUGCUUUAUGUAAAAGAGGACCUAAUGAAUGUAUGCAGGUAGGGGGAAUACUUUGCACACAUAUAAUUAUAAUAGUACAAUUAAUAGGCCAAGAAGGUUAAAAUAAAACAGCAGCGGUUAUGAAAUUCUCAAAAAAAAUGUACAGAGUGGUUAUUUUAUUGAUGGAAAAAAUGUUAAAGUGAACAUUUUAGCAUCUGCUUCAUCUUAUAUAAAAUCAAGAAUAUGUUAUCUUCCAGAUUAUUAUUAUAGAUCAAACGAUCAAUUCCAAAUUUUAAAGUGGUCGCUUUUCUUCUUUCGGAAAUUACAGCCAAAAUAGUACAAGCACUUUUUUAUAUUAAUUUUCGUCGAUAGAUUAGUUCACUACAUACAUUCGUUUUUUAGAUAAUACCUAAACAUAAAAUUACCUUUUUUAUCUAUUGAUACAAUAAAUAAUUUAAACAAACUGUAUUAUUUUGAAGAACCAUGAAAUUCUAGCAAUUUAAUUGGAUAGCAAAUUUUGUUUUGAUUUCCGGUUAACAAAUUACGAAUUUGAAGGACGAGAUGAUAGGUACAUGUUGUAGUUACUGUGAUUUUAAUCUGUAUUCGGAAAUCCAUGAAAAGAAAAAUCACUUUUGGUUUUCAAUGCCAAAACAUUCUCACUCAGAAAAUUCUUGAAAAAACCAGAAAAUAUGGACGCUAUGUAUGAUUCUGUAGAUACCAUCGAAAAAAUAACUCCUUUGUCUAUAGUGUCUUAAGUAAUUAUUUAUAAAGCAUUCGAAAACUAAAUUUGUUGAACGUGUAAUAUAUGUAAUGGUUAAGAAGGUAUUUAUGGAAUAUUACAUAAUAGUUGUUGCUAUUAUACCAACGUUAAAUAUCGCCUCUUCGUUAUUGAUUACGUUAUUAAAUAAAUACCGACGUGUUUUAACCUCUGUUAAGUCAACAACUAUAAUAAUUGAUAAUUCUGCAAAAUCAAUAAGGUGAUGUAGUGAAUAAUACUAUAUUUGUCUGAUUGGUUAUAUUGAAAAUAAGACUACAAAUAAGACGCUACAUAAAAUGGAAUAAAAAACACUUCCUUUAGCCAACGGUUAUGAAAUUGAAAACUAGCUGCGAUUUACAGAAAUAAAGCAGGUUUGAAGAAAAUUAGUUCGAAAAUAUUG